GCGCGGCGCGGGGCGGAGCGCGGGGGGGCAGUGCGGGACGUGGCGGCGGAGCGGAGGGGGGAGGCAGCGGCGCCAUGACCCGCGGGAACCAGCGCGAGCUGGCACGGCAGAAGAACCUGAAGAAGCAAAGCGACUCGGGCAAGGGCAAGCGGCGGGACGACGGGCUCUCGGCCGCCGCUCGCAAGCAGAGGGACUCGGAGAUCAUGCAGCAGAAGCAGAAGAAGGCUGAUGAGAAGAAGGAGGGCGCCAAGUAGCCCGCGGCCGGGCCGUCGCCGCAGCCCCGGGGCCGGGCCGCCCGCCGGCAGGAUGCCCAGCGCAGCCCCGGGGCCGGGCCGCCCCGCCGGGGACCCCGGCAGUGCCCCACGCCCACCUCGGGACCGACUCCUAUUAAAGUAGCUUGUGGAGCCCUGCA